AUGUUUGGAGUCUUCAUCCCCACGCGGCCCAUCAUCCCCGAGAUGGCGACCGUCUCGCCGAACCAGUUUGCCGUCUCGUUCCCGGCCUCGCCAGCAUUCCACAACGUCGGCGUCUUCUUACACCCGACAAAUCUCCUCCCACCGGGCACAGCCGCGGGAGUCUACAUGCAACUGCCGGGGGAGCAGGGCUUUAAAUUUCUCGGCGCCAUCGGCAACGAGAAGCCCUCUGCGCUGUUCCGCGUGAACCUGCCCGACUCUGGCGUCGCCAACAACCCUUCUGCGGGACAAGUCAACCUGGGCAUCUCGGUCGAACCGGCCGAGAACAUCCAGGCGCAGAUGCUCCAGCUCCAGCAGCAACAACAACAACAAUCACCGAUGUCGCCGACAUCGUCAUCGAAUUCUUCAGCCCUCGUCAAGAGACCGCCCGACACGAGGGUGCUGGCCCAGCGCAUCAUCCGCAACGCGUUCAACUUCCUGGCCAGUUUUGCCGGCAACACGGCCAACGGGGUCGAGGUCGUGCCGCUCAAAAGCUUCCAGGACUGGUGGACAAAAUUUGAGCGGAGGGUGCAGAAUGAUCCCGGGUUUUUGGAGAGGGACGAGGUUUGA